CGCCGAACCCUACAUAAACACAACACCGGCGGUGGUACGGUCCAGCCAAAUACCAAUUGCCAAAAACUCCCCCCUCUCCCUUUCUCUCGAUCGGAAUGGGGGUACCGGACCCGGAGAAAUGGUUCAUCCUGGGCCGCGUCGUCGUCGUGAGGCACUACAAAAAAGCCUUGGAUAGCUCUAGCCUUGACCUCAGGCUGCCGCUCACCAGGACGCCGCCGCGCAUCUCCAGGCUCGCCGCGGUCACGAGGGACCAAGUCGAACGCGGCCAGCUCUCCAUCGUCGCCACCAGCAACAGUGUCCUCCUCCUCCACGAGCUCGAGAGGCCCUCCGAGCCCAACAGCCCGAACAUCUUCUUCCUGGCGCUCGACCCCAUGCUUGAUGAGCGGGCCUUCGCCGCCGGACGCAGAGUGUUCGAAGUCGCCGCCACGCGCCUCCUCGACCGGCAUCCGGAAUUACCCCACUUCUCCGGCGUCAGGAACGUCGGCUUCAUCGAGCUCUGCCGUGGAGGCACGUGCGUGUUCGUGGUCGCGGAGCUCCAGGCCACCAAUCGCCAAGCGAACAACAGCGUCCCCUUCAUCACCUGCUGCCUCUCUGGCGAUGGGAACGACACGUGGGACCAGAUGGAACUCGUCUGGCCCGUCCUCGAUGACGAAGCCCACCCGCAGUGGAUUAACCACGCCGUGAUCGCCCACGACAAGAAGCUCUGGUGGGUCAACCUCUCGCGCGGCCUGGUCGCCUGGGACCCGGUCCCGGUCCAACAUGCAGAGCCGAGGCUGGAGUUCGUGCCGCUCCCGGUCCUCCACGGGUUCGAGGACAGGCAGGAGCCGCCGGAGCAAAUCGACAGGUACCGCACCGUAGGGGUGAGCGCCGGCCAGAUGCGGUUUGUGGACAUCGUUCGCAGGCGCAACGAUCCCCUCGAAGGUACGCUGGUGGUCGUCUGGACGCUGGACUUGCCACAGAUGAGGUGGCGGGACUACCCCAGGGUGACGACGCUGGUGAACAUCUGGAACAACGCCAGCUACGUGCCGAUGCCGAGGGGGGUCGUCCCCGUGGUGGCGCUUUUGCACCCCAACGAGCCCGAAGUUGUCUACUUCUUCCUGGGCAAGUACGUCUUCUCCGUCGACGUGAAUCGAAGCGCCGUCGUGCACUUCGCGGUGAUGCCGAACCAGCAGGACGGCGUGCCACGGCCGAUCAACCAGCGAGACGUUCUCUCUUGGAAGCAAGCGCCCUUUCUUGAAAACGCCCAGCAAGGAUGAGUAAUUGAGGAUCCUGCUGGAAGGAUCGGAUGAAAACACACAUGAUGCAGCCCGUCGUGACGAAGUGUGAAGGUCGCGCGCAAAGCCUUUGCUGUUGUUUUGUUUCCGAUGUUGGCCGUGAGCAGACAAGAGCGUAGACGGGGAUUCAAGUCUUUUCUGAUCACAAACUAUACAAUUUUAACUGACACAAACUGUAUAGUUUUGGUUGCCAUGCUUUCUACUGUGUACUUUGUAUUCGGUGUUGUUGAUGGGUUAUCAACUACUGGAUCUAUUUGUGGUCUCAGAGCUUGCAUUCUGGGAUAUAUGCGUAUAUAAGGUGUUGCUAUUGUCCAUAUGAUUGAAUAACUGAAUUGUUGAUGGUGGGCGAAAGAAAUUUCGAGCCCAAACAGGAAGAAUCCACUGGUGGUUUUGCUGAGUGGCAUC